AUGGAGGACCUCAAUUUUGAAAUCUCAUCCGUUGUUCCCAGUACUGACCCCACAUCGGACCCAACUACAGACUUUUUAGCGAGAGAACAAGCAGUUCUGGGAGAUGACGCAGCACUAUUUUCGACACCUAGCGACCCCAUUGAAAUCAGUUCUUUUCCUGAUAUUUCUUCAUCAGCGAAUGACCUUUUUGUUCCGCCCACUAGCUCUGUAACAUUAAACAAUACUUUACCUGAUUACUCCGUCAUUCAUUCCGAAUUUCCCUCAGUAGAGAUUGAAAAUACUCAGAUUUCUUAUUCUGGUACCAACGGUCUGCUGACAUCAAAUGGACAUCCAAUAUAUCAAAAUUUUGAAGAAGAACCUGAGGCAAUUCGGCAAUGGAAGGAACGACAGAGAGAAAUUAUUUCUAGACGAGACCAAGAAUCUGAAUCUAAGAGGAAAGAGACAAUCUUGAUUGCACAAGAAGCAAUUGACAAAUUUUAUGAAGAAUAUAAUGAGAAGAAGGCGCGAGCACACAAUGCCAACAAACAAGAGGAAGAAACAUUCUUACAAGAACGAGACGAUCUCACCUCAGGUACAGCAUGGGAACGUAUUUGCAAGCAAGUCGAUCUCUCAAACGCACAAAGUAAGUCGAACGUUAGACACGUCAAAGAUGUCAGUCGAUUUAGAGAAUUGCUUUUGAGCUUGAAAAAAGAUGAGAAUUCACCGGGUGCAGGUGGAUAUUAG